GCGGUAAGAUGAAAGACUCCUCUUGUUCACCUCAUCAUGAUGAGUUAUUUUAUUAACUACCUAUAUGCAUGACUUGGCUUAUGGGAAAAUAACUGCAUAUUCUCUCAUUAGACAACAAAGACGUCAGAUGAAAAAGCAACGGCAAGAGUUUGAAUAGAGAUUCACCGGUGUUUCCCUUCAUCGUUUUGAACUUGAACUUCGAUAUGACUCGUUGGUGGUACCAACGACCAGGUGUUGUCUAUUGCUUGUUCUUCUGCGUCGAUUAAUAAUGCAUAAUCUGCAAAGGGCGGACUCGGUGUCUGAUGAAGUCGAUUCAGUUUCCGGUUUCUUUCGCGGUACGAGGUCUGGCGAACCACCUUCAAAUCCAGUGCCAGUGGUUUCGGUUUCAGAUUGUAUCGGCGUGUCUCGACUCAUAUCAGCAGCAGGCAGGCGAUGGCAGAUUUUCAAGUCAAAGGAAGCCGACUGGAAAGUGGUCUGAAGUACGCCGCCAUUGACGUCGCCGUAGCAAAAAGAUGAAACGAGGUGCGGCGACCGCGGUCGUCAUCUCUUCCUUCUCUUUCACCGUGGAUGAUCAACCUCACCAAUGGAAACGACGCCGCGGUCGAGCUGCCCAACCGCCCGCCUUUCAUAUCUUUUGCCUCUUUUUCUUGCUCUGCAGCAAUGUCCUCCAUUGCUGCAAGCGAGCGUCGAAGAUGAUCUGCGAGCAAACCGCUACAUCUCCAAGCUCUGCUCCACAAGCGCAUAUGGGUUGUCCCCCAACUACGGGCCAAAUUUGGAGCAGCUAUUUCGCUCCCUGGUCGAUUCCGUUCCCUCCAGGGGCUACUACAACAACUCCGUCGGUGAAACACCCUACACUGCCUACGGCCUUGCUCUCUGCCGCGGCGACGUUCCCCCCGAUAUAUGCCGGAACUGCACAGCCGUCGCCGUCGAAAGGGUCAAGGUCGAAUGCCCAAAUAACAGGUCCGCCAUGAUAUGGUUCGAUCCCUGCUUCCUUCGCUUCUCUGAUCAGGUAUUCUUCGGGGGCCUUGAUCCGACUGACCGGAUCAUGUGGAAAGACCCCAAUUCGAGCACGGCCACAGUAUCUGCGGGGGUGGACGCGCAGGCGUUGAUUUACCCUUUGGUGAAGGCCGCUGCCAAUGACCCGAAGAGGUUUGCUACCAAGAUAGAGCCGCAAGACGGCUAUGUCAGCUAUGGCUUGGCGCAAUGCACCAGAGACCUCACCGCGGCAUCAUGUACUGUGUGCUUCCAGUAUGCUAUCGAAGAGAUUGCGAAGAAUUCCUCACUAGGCCAAGGAUGGCGGUUUCUUUCCCGGAGCUGCAUCAUCGGUUAUGACACCAAGCCUUUCUUUCUAACCUCAGCGGCACCUGUAGCGGCGCCGUCAUCGCCACCAGCGUUCGCACCUCCUACCGCAGUAGAAUCCCCACCAGUAGGAGGUAAAAGUGGUAACCAGAGGAGAACCGUGAUUGUCAUUUGUUCCACAGCGGGGUUCCUAUUGCUAGCAGUAGGAUUUUCCGUGUUGCUUUUCCGCUGCCGAAAGAGGAAAGAGCUUAAUGAGGAGCUACGAAGAUACAGCAAUGAGAUGGGUUCACUGGGUAACCUGAAUGAGGAUGAAAGAAACCAUGAGCUACCUCACUACAGCCUAAAAGCAGUGCAGGCAGCAACCAACAAUUUCUCGGAGGAGAAUAAGCUUGGAAGGGGAGGAUUUGGCCCUGUGUACAAGGGUGAACUCAGUGGUCGGAUUGUUGCAGUAAAAAGACUUUCUGAACGUUCUGGGCAAGGGUUGAAGGAAUUUAUGAAUGAAGUUAUAUUGAUCGCAAAGCUUCAACAUAAGAACUUGGUUCGUUUGUUGGGUUGCUGUGUAGAGCGGGGAGAGAAGAUGCUUAUCUAUGAAUUCAUGCCUAAUGGCAGCCUUGAUGCAUUUUUUUAUGACCCAGAGAAGCGUAAAGCAUUGGACUGGGAGAAGCGAUUCAAUAUAAUUAUGGGAAGUGCACGGGGAAUUCUCUAUCUUCAUCAAGAUUCCCGGCUCAACAUUAUUCAUCGGGAUCUUAAAGCAGGCAACAUUUUAUUGGAUGAGCAGAUGACGGCAAAGAUUUCUGACUUUGGAAUGGCCAGAAUCUUUAGUGGAGAUAAUGACCCAAAAGCCACCAAUAUCAUUGUUGGAACUCAUGGAUACAUGGCUCCGGAGUAUGCCAUAGAUGGGCACUUUUCCACUAAAUCUGAUGUCUAUAGCUUUGGGGUACUGCUCUUAGAAAUCGUCAGUGGUCAGACGUAUAGUGGAUUUCAUCUCUCUCAAAUGGGUUGUAGCCUGAUUGGAUAUGCCUGGAGUCUAUGGCGCACAGGGAGACUGUCAGAUCUCAUAGAUCCAGUGCUCGGAGAAUCAGCGCCAACAAGUCGAAUUUUAAAAUGUUCCCACAUCGGCUUACUAUGUGUUCAGGAGGACCCCGCAAGCAGACCCACGAUGUCAGCCAUUAUAAACAUGCUUGAAAGUGAUUCGCCAACACUUCCAACUCCGCGACAACCCCCUCUGGUUUUCAGCAAUUCUAGCAGUUCAAUGACCAGCGCAAGUGACUACUCUAAGAGUGGCAGCUCAAAUUCUCAAAGUUUGUCGAGGUUGAAGAACUCUAGAUGAGCAUGCCAUAUUUAUUUGCUUGAACUAAUCUACUUACGUGCUAAAGUGACCGUGCCAAUGUGCUCCAAUUUCUGCGAUAUUUGAUUGUCCUAUUUGUCAUUGCCACCGUCAAUUGUAAAGAACAUCUGCACGAUUGGGAAGGCUUACAACGAAGCCGUCUGGUAUUUUUA